AAACUAAGCACUAUGUGGGAAUGUUGGCAACAUGAGGCAAAGUCAAGCCUCGUUUAAUUUCAAAUAUAACAGAACAAGUUGCUAGAGUUGCCUAUUGUGUGUGUCCCGUCUGUAUGUCUUGACCGCUGCUACAGAUCUUGGGAUUUAAUAUCCACUUGUGGUGAAUCGCAGGACUUCUUGCCACUUAUUUGCAAUAGAAAUGAGUGAAGAUUUGGAUCUUACCGGAUUAAGUGAAGAAGAUGUGGCGUACGUUGUAGAGAUGGCAACGAAGAUGGAUGAGCUUAUAGUUUAUCAAAAAAAACAUGGAAGGUAUGAAUGGGGCUUGAACGAUUUCGAAAUUGGAUCUGCUCUCGGGCGAGGAAAGUUCGGGCGCGUGUUCUUGGCGCGAGAGAAACGUACACAUUACAAGGUAGCAAUUAAAGUGCUGAUGAAGUCCGAAAUCUCCAGAUCAAAUGUGGAGUGCCAGGUGCUUCGCGAAAUUGAAAUACAAAGCAAAUUACGGCAUCCCAACAUUUUGCAAUUUUACACAUUCUUCCACGAUAGCAGAAAAAUUUAUCUGAUUUUGGAGUAUGCAGCUCUGGGAGAGCUUUUUGGACACCUGCGUAGAGCCAACACCUUCUGUGAACCCACAGCUGCCAAAUUUAUUUACCAAGUUGCUGAUGCUUUGCAUUAUUGCCACUUAAAUAGUGUCAUCCAUCGUGAUUUAAAACCUGAAAAUCUGCUUGUUAAUGUAGUUGGUGAUGUGAAACUUGCCGACUUUGGUUGGUCUGUUCAUGCCCCUUCAAAUAGACGAAAAACGAUGUGUGGAACACUAGACUAUUUGCCUCCAGAGAUGGUGAAGCGCAAUGAACAUACCAAUUACGUGGACAAUUGGUGUUUGGGUAUAUUGUGUUAUGAAUUCUUGACUGGUUUUACACCAUUUGAGACUGACUCCCAGGAUAAAACUUUUAAGAGAAUAGUGAGUAUGGAGUACAAAUUCCCUUCCAAGAUACCUGAAGGUGGGAAGGACUUAAUCUCAAAGCUGUUGAGACUGACUCCACAAAAGCGGAUGUCUUUGCCUGAUGUGAUGUCUCACCCUUGGAUUCAGAAGUACAAAACUCACCAAGUGGAGCCAGAUAAGAAUGGAUACAUAAAAUAAAAUCUCAAAUCAAUGUUGGUCUCUGAAAAUUUGUGAUAUAGCUUUCAAUAGUGUGUACUUCAUACUCUUUUUAAGGUUCUUAAUGAUGUAUAUAAUACUUGUACGUAUGUAAACAUAACUAGAGAAAAUGCAUUUGUUUUUUAAAUGUCAAGUUUUUGGAGUUUCAGAUACUGUACUUUACAUUUUUAACGACAGACUUAAGAAUAAAUAACGACGAGAUAUAUUUAUAAUAUAAUAUAUAUAAAAAUUGCUUGAAAUUCCUGUGACUUGAAUAAAUGAAAAUGUGUAACGUUUAAGAGAGGUGUGCGGAGAGUCUUCUGAUUGGAGCCCCAUUACCAUUGCUUUUGAGAAAAAACUUGUUCUAAAGAAUUGAGAAAGUGCACUUCCAGAAAGUACUGAUGGGCUCUGUACUGACUAUUUAAACAGAGCACAUGCCUUUGCUAUAGUACAAGCACUUAAAUGUUGUGAAUUAUUUUUUUCAUUUCAAUGGAAAAUUUUAAUAUAUGAUAAACAUAAAAUGCCUCGUUAA